AUGGCGGAUCAAUCCAUCAUUCGGAUUACCAAGGAACUCGGCGACAUCCAGCGAACCUCGGAUCUUUCCAUAGCUGUUGCUUGUCGUGAUGUCGAUGUUCGCAAUGUUAAGGCCUUGAUCAUCGGACCUCACGACACUCCGUACGAGUUUGGGUUCUUUGAGUUUGCGAUCAGAUUCAACAAGGAUUACCCUAGGAAGUCGCCCAAUGUCAACGGUAUUACAACGAACGGAGGUCGAUGCCGAUUCAACCCCAACAUCUACUCGUCUGGCAAGGUUUGCUUCACAUGGCGUGGAGAGCGUGGAGAGGAAUGGUCUGCGGCACAGGGCCUCGAAUCUAUCCUCAUUUCAAUCCAGAGCUUAAUGUCCGGAAACCCUUACGAGAACGAGCCUGGAUUCGAGGAGGCCAACGAAGCAUCGGAUAAGAAGAACCAGAAGGACUACGUCCAGAAGAUACGUCACGAAACACUUCGAGUCUCCGUCAUCCAGCGUAUGGAGGAAUACCUUGGUCUCACACCCGACGGCAACGCUAUUGCCCAACAGUCUGCGGCGGACGGAGAUCAACUGGAUAUCGACAACGAUGAUAUCGACGAUACGAACGUUCCUUUCGAGCCUUUUAAGGAUUUAUGUAAGCGCCGGUUCCUAUGGUACUACGACAAUUACCUCCUUGCUGUGCAGAAGGCAAAGACCGAGGUCAAGGACCACCAGGCGUUUGUUCGCAUGCCGUUUGAAGGUGCUAGCAACACCAUGGAUGGCAAGUUCAACUACACAGAAUUGGAAAGACGUCUGCGGAAUGUCAAGGCCGCGCUUGACAAUGAGCUCGUCAAGUGGGCGAAGGAUGGCGAGGUUGCGAUCGAAAAGGAAAUGACACUUUCCGUCAACUUGCGCCACCAGUAUGAACAAGUGGUGCAGGCAUUCAAACGUCAAGACAUUCCUCACGACGUCCAGUUAGAGGACAACAAUCCUUUCGUUUGGAUCAUCACCUAUUUCGGGCGUCCAAUGACGAACCUCGACGGUGGCCUAUUCCGCUUCAAAAUCCACUUCAGUACUAAGUUCCCCGAGGAGCAACCUCGAGUCAAGUUUCACACACGCAUUUUCCACCAUCGCAUUGCAGAAGACGGGACAGUGUGCUAUUUCCCGAACUCACUUAGGAAGGAGGACGUUCGAACUCACAUCGAGGCUGUGUUUACGGCACUGGAAGAAGAAGAUCCGGCUUACGACCCUCGAACUUUGGUACACCCUGAGGCGCACACCCUCUACUGGGGAGGUGCCGAGGCGCGGAAGAACUACAACAGGCGGCUUCGUAGAUCUGUGCAGCAGAGCAUGGAGUAA